CCAAUGAACGGUCGGCUCCACUGACGAUACCGCCAAGUGCCACCGGUCGACACGCCCCCAGCGUGGAUACAAUCAGCAUUAACAGGCGCUCACGAAGGCAGACACUAUGCUGAGGAGUGUAUUGAUGCCGCGAUGGGAGUCAUGACAUUCAAGUUUUUAGACUCAUCCUCGUCACAGUCGUUGCAGUGAAUAGCAAAACUAGUUUGUCUUUCAUUCUUUUUUUUUUUUUUUACAUUUGAAACGCUGAUUCAUCAGAUGUUGGUGAAACUGCAAAGCCGGGUAUAGAACCAUAAAGUCGCCUCUCAAAUGAGAGCGACCUCCGUAACACCACACAAAGGGAACCACGGAACAAGUACUUUUUACAAGCUGCCAAUUUUUGAAUGUCAUAAAGGACCUGAGGGGUUGUUUCAAAGACAAGAUGGAUCACUUUGCAGCAGAGUGCCUUGUUUCAAUGUCCAGCCGUGCGAUUGUCCACGCACCAAAAGGGAAUAAGGAGAUUAAACCAGAAAGUCCAUCCUCCUCGAAGAACGGAGAGGAGAUCAAAGACCCUUUGGUGAAAGACAACUCGUCUCUUUUUGUAGUGGCGCGGAUUCUGGCGGAUUUUAACCAACAGUCCCCCAACAAUGUUGCAGAUCAAGCAAAAAUAAAAGAGGAGAGCAUGCCGAGCCUGAUAGAUGGAAACUCUGCCACACCUACCAGCCCUUCCGAUCCUUCGCUCAGACAAAGAGGCAAAAAAUUCAGAGGUCGGAUUGAACAAGAGUCUCCGCAGAAAAAGCACAAAUGCCACUAUUCAGGUUGUGAAAAACUUUACGGGAAAUCUUCCCAUCUCAAAGCCCAUCUAAGGACACACACAGGUGAGCGGCCGUUCCCCUGCACCUGGCCCAACUGCAGCAAGAAGUUCGCCCGCUCCGACGAGCUGGCCCGCCACUACCGCACCCACACCGGGGAGAAGAAGUUUGGCUGCCCGCUGUGCGACAAGCGCUUCAUGCGCAGUGACCACCUGAUGAAGCACGCGCGCCGCCACUCCGAGUUCCAGCCGGGCAUGCUGAAGAAGCCCCACGGCGGAGGCGGAGGCGGCGGCGGCGGGGGCGGGGGCGUGGCGCGCCCCGGCUCCCUCAGCGACUACAGCCGCUCCGACGCCUCUAGCCCCACCCUCAGCCCCGCCAACUCGCCUUAAAAAGAAAACGACAAAAAAACAGAAACGCCACCUCUGUCGCACUUUUUUUGGGGCCCCCUUCAAACUUACGAGGCCUCUUCUUAUCUUCUUAACAAUUGUGUUGCACAUUCGUCAGCAACCCAACCCCCCCCGAUCCAGCACCCCUCCUCUCUGCUAACCCUGUGCUUGCUGUGGUGUACCAUACUGUACAUAACUGCUUAUUGUAGUGCAGUUGCCUGUGUGUGCGUGUGUGUUUCUUAAAAGUUACGCAUUUUUCCCAGUAGGCAAUAUGUACAUUCUCUACCAUAUGUCUGUGGGGGGACUUUUACUUUGAAGCGUCUGACCAUGGUUGGUUGUGUUAUGUGUGUGCGUGUGCGUGUGUGUAUUCGGUUAACUAAACAAGGGUUUAGACGAAAGCAGGAAAAAGUCGCAGACACUUUUGAGUCUUAUCAAAGCAUUUUGUUUUUUUGUUCUUUUGUUGGGGUUGACUAAUGGCGAGAGGUCAAGGAGAAGGGAUAGAUGAUCCAGCUCAGGAUUGAAGACAUUGCUUCUCAUUCAGAGUACCACAUUACUCUGCGUACUCAACCCUGUUUUGACUGCACAAUAUACACAUCACUUUACUCUUAAAUUCAACGGGGCUUGAGUUCUCAUGCCCUGCUCAGGGACGGCCUUGUUAGCUUGAACGAAUGAAAGAAGACAUUGAUGAGAAACAUAAUACAUAACAGCAGCCUUACGCGCUACAGGUGUUGCACUCUUUCCUUUGUCUGUUUCUUAAUUUACUUUUUCGAGUCAACUAGCCCUGGUCUUACAGCCACUCAUACCCACACCCUGUUACGCUUGUGUACUGUCUCCUGAGCGUUGUAAUUAGUAUUUCCUAUGUAAUGCAAAGCAGUUGAUAAUAAUCCAACACCACUAAUUGUCAAUGACCAGGUACUCAUGUAAGCUACAACAGUGGCUUGCACUGAGCAAAAAGGAGGUUCACCCUACAUUCAGUUUCACAGGGAUGUUCAGAUCAGACCGUGCAGAUCUUACAAAUGAGAUGUUAUCAGUUUAAAAGCAGCUUUCCCCUCCCCUCCCGCCACCAUCUACAGUACUUUCCGCGCUGCCUAUACCUACUGAGGCUAAUGCCCACGCAAUCUAUAGGCCUAUAAUUACCCUCCUCACAAGCACAUGGGAAGAACGGAACACGAAUGAAAGGCUCUAUUCAGACCUGUAGAAGGCGUUCAUUUAGCCCUGCGUCUGGGAGACCCCGACUUAUCCCAGGUAGCCCCCACCCCCACCCCCAGAUCCUGCUCCUAGUGGCCCCUUGGUAGGGAGACGUCUGGGUCCCACAGGGCGGACUAGCAGGCGGUUCAAAGGAGGGGGGCCCCCCCGAGUGUCGGAGGCGCCUCCGCUGCUCUGAGACUGAGCGCUAGAGGCGGAGGGCUCUGGUGCUGUAGGAGGAGACACGGUGAAUGGAGUGGCGAACCGCGAGGGACAGGGGGGGACGGCUUAGGUUCAGCGGGGCUGAUAGCAGAUAGGCCGCUCAGCACAUGUUAGCCUAACGAAAAGAGACGUGCUCGGGAGUGGGCUUAAAAUAAUAAAUGCAGAGUUCGAUUCCCCUCAGGUUAUCCCCUCCCUGUUUAUGGGCAGCAGACGGAGAAAAGACAACAGCACUACCUAAAUGUUAGCAUUAUACGUGGGGUCUCCUUUCCUUAUGUUAUCCUAAGCACAAGUAAAUAAAAAAAAUGGUCCACAUCACCCCGUGGGAUUUACUGCCUCGAAUUUGACCCAAAUCAGCCCCACUCAUCAACAGCUGCUUUUAAACGUCAUCACACUCAUAGGGUCGAGGGUCAGGGGGUGGGGGGCUUUUUAACCCGUUUGUGAAAACUUUUGAACCAAAAUGAACAUAUAUGUAGGCUCCAUGCAUGGUCCAGCCGCCUGGGACACUCCCCCCAUGUCCCCGUGAGAACACCCCGGCAUGUGAUUCUAGUCGGACAUGCCUCGGAUCAGUCAGGCGCAAAGGCCCAGUCAGCCCUCUGCAGGAAGUGGGCUGCGCUGUAGAGACCACUGCAGCCCCCACCGGUCUGCUUGAGGCAUCCAUCUUUUUUCAAAAUGUAAAGGAAAAUUAAUUUCGUGCUUUGAUCCUAUAUCAGCUCGACUCUUGACUGUUGCCAAAGUCUGAUGUCAUCGCAGUCCCCCCGCUCGCUCUCUGCAGGACUAGCUGACCACGUCCUGUUUCUGUGGUACUCAUGGUGAGCAAAGUACGAUAGCUGUGCAACGUGGGAGGGAGCCCACAGAACCACCUUACUUCACACCCACCCUCCUACCCACCCACACCCCUCCCUCCUGCCCUCCUACCCUCCUACCCAUCCUCCCUCCUACCCUCCUCCCUAGUCAGACGAGCGUAGACCAACCGCAUAUUCCCAUCUCUUCUAGGAGGGUCUUGUGAGGAAAGCCACACACAGUCGUCCGAAACACAGCUUUAUCAGUUUAAGUGUAUGCUUGUUUUUUAUGGAUCAAACGGACCCUCUGUAAAAUAUAUUUCUGCAAACUGAACAAUGUCCUCCCCCAAAUGUUACUAAAUGCUUAUAUCCCCUUAGCUUUCUUUUCUGUGACUUUUGUAUGUUUAUGACAAGAAUAAUUUCAAACAUUCAUCCGACCAGAAUCCAUAAUCUGCACAUUUACCUCAGGGUCAACAUCAGCAAAGAAAAUGUUAGGCAGGAUUUUAUUUGUAGGCUUUUUAUUUGAUUAUUUAGUGUCGACGUUAUUCCGUAGUGCACAGAUCCAGCCAGCCUUCCCAGGUUUCUAUGAGCACAGUCUUCACCGCUGGCCAGUGAGAUUCUGCCCUGGAAACUCAGGAAGACCUCAAUCCAGGCAUCCUUCUUUUGUUUUCUCAAUGAAAUACUGCAGCUCACUUCAUACUACUCUUCUGAACAUUUAUUUUUGUACGUGGUUAAUCUACUUGAAUCAAAUGAAAUAAAAUGGGCAUUGAACACAAUGCCCACACAGGUCCAUAUUCAAAUGUUAUUUUGUUUUAUACAUUAUGGUUUCUGUUUUGUGUAUUUCAUUCAUCUGUACUGAGGAGUACAGUGCAACAGCCCUUGUUUUGUAUAUUAUUUGUGUUUGUUUUUUCUUUAACAUAUGUUGUUGUUUGGCGAGUACAACGAUAUCCUCUUUGUGUCAUGUCAAGCCAGAAAUCACAAAGUCUGAUAAGAAACGAUGAAUAUGAAUGAAUAGUUUAUUGAUGUCAGGAUACAGACUAUCCCAAUAACGAAAAGAUAUGCAAAGAAUCCGAGCGAUACGCGGUUGGACAGGAAAGGGCUUUUUAAACGGAGGUCGAACUCUUACUGCUCAUUAUAUAUCCUAAUCAACUGAUUUCCUUUACGUCCGUAUUAUUCCUUAAUUAUUAGGAACUUGCUUUUCUAAAUCAAAUCUGCUAGAGUCAACAUGUGAAUGCUUAAAGUAAUGUAUUCAUGAAAUCACUUUGAUAAAAUUGCAGUUCAUAUUAUGAUUUCAAAUAAUCAAUCUUAAAACAUUGGUAUAUUUCUGAACCUUUCAAAGGUACCAAUCAAAUGGCAGUGAUGUGCUAAAUGCCAAAUUGUGGCAUGUUAACUGAAACCAUCUGAAGUUUAAAGACUAACAUUUAUGCUACUACCAUUUAUCAACUUGUAUUUCCACCUGGUGUCCUGUGCAGGAUUAAAGUAAGCAACCUUGUAUGUAAUCAGUUUAAGUUGAUGAUGAUUCAGCUUUAUCGUAUUGUUUUGCUCUGGUUUUUUCUCCAUUUAAUUAUUUCUCCUCUUUAGCUGUCUGAAAGGCCCUCAAUGUAUGAUUGCUUGUGAAUAUUUUUGGCAUUAACAAAAAUUGGAAUUACAACAAAACCCAACCAUUCCAAAGGACUCAUUAGGUUUUGAAUGUGCUCCUUUUUGUACACUGUUAUGUCUUGGAUCGCAAGAUAUGUGCACAGUUUGUUUGUCAUCGACGAAGUCAAACAAAUCCCCACUUCUGUCUUUGCAAUCGGCGUCUGCUUGUGCAGAGGAAUCCAAAUCGAAAGAACAACACCCAUUCGAGUUCUAAAGGCAAAAUAGUGAUGUCAGUCUUCCCUUGUUGUAAAGGCUUUUUCAAAGAUGACCUUCUCAAAGGACGAUGAAUCGGCCUGCGGUACUCGUAUCAUAUUGGAACCAUUUUCACUUCCUAACCAAAGGCUUGAGAAUGGGUAAGAAAAACGAGAUUAAUAUGGAAGUCAUUCGGUGCCUGACACAGCAUUAGACUUUAACCCUAUAAAACCCUGCUGUUGGGUGUUUGCCCACUGCUACUACGGACGUACUUCACAUGGACCUUUUUCUGAACCUAUUCCAAGCCGCCCUUUUCCAACCCCUUCUAACCGUCAGCAGAAGCCCUGCUGUGGUUCAAAGUCCUUUUUAAAUGGCCCUGUGCAACACGGGCUCCUUACUGGAAAUAUAUUGCUCUUCUUAUUUUCUCAACGCAGGGCAGGAUCCUCAUCCUGCCCCCCCGCCUCGCCCCUUCCCGUAUUGCAUAUGUCUGUUUCAGGUUGUCCAGCACAUUGUGCCACCAUUGCUCCCUGUUGACUCUGAUGUGUUUAAAUGUAGGACUCAGAGACUGAGACAAAGAGAGGGAGAGAGUGUGUCGAUGGCCUGCAGGCUCGGUAUACCCAGUACAUCUUCGUCCUCAGUGUAAUGCUAACACGCUUUCUCCGUGUGUGUGUGUGUGUGUGUGUGUGUGUGUGUGUGUGCGCGUGCGUGUGCGUUUGAGUGUGUGUUCCCCCCCUCUCCUCCAUCACCAUCAGUUGCCUGUUGUAGUGACUCUGUGGUGCUGCCCCACUGCCCCCAGCACCAUCAUACUCUAUCUACUGUGUAAAUAACUUCUGAUCGAACUAUGGCCAGUGCAUCCUCCUACUACUACGACCUCAACCUAACCUUCAGGUGUCCGGAUCUCGUACGUCUUCAGUUGUUUUAUUUUGUCUUCUCUCAAUCAACCAAAAUCACUACACUCAAGUGUUAACAGUUGUACAGCUCCACGGAUUAUUCCACACAUAUUCAACAUGCUGGUCCAUAGUUGCUUUUCGCUGUACACUUUUGUAUGGCAUUAUUUUUUACAUGUUAGAUGAUAUAUUGUGACCAUGUCCUAUGCAAAUAAAAAAAAACAAAAAGAGAUGUUGAAUUAUGUAUGUUGUCAUAACUUGUAUGCAUGAAAUAGUGAAGUUUACAUUUGGAAAUAAAUUCAUAAAAUAAGCCAGUUA